GGCCCGGGAUCCUCCUGCCUCAGCUUCCCCAGUGCAGGGAUGACAGGCGUGCGCCAGCGCACGCAGCUCCUGCUUUUCUUAAAUACAGGUUUCUGUCCGGGCUUAAGAAGCAGGCCCUGCCACGGGGACUCAAGACACUUGGAGCUCCCAGGGUCACUGUCCUAGGAGAGCCUGGGGCUCUUGGUUUUGCUUUCUGGUUGACUCGGUUCCCAGCAGGUACAGCUAGUCCAGUUCCCUCUUUGUCCAGACGGUGGCGCCAUCUGGCUAUGGCACACCCGGAAAUACCUGGCUCAGUUUUUUCAGUUUUGGAGCUGGAGAAGCUGGGCCUGGGUGACAGCGUGGAUCUACACGUGUACGAGAUCCCGGUGGAGUACCAGACGGUGCAGAGGCUCAUCCCAGCCCUCUGGGAGAAGCACAGCCCGCAGCUGGUGGUGCAUGUCGGGGUGUCAGGCAUGGCGACCACGGUCACGCUGGAGAAGUGCGGGCACAACAAGGGCUACAAGGGGCUGGACAACUGCCGCUUCUGCCCCGGCUCCCAGUGCUGUGUGGAGGACGGGCCGGAGAGCAUCGACUCCAUCAUCGACAUGGACGCUGUCUGCAGGAGGGUCACCACCCUGGGGCUGGACGUGUCGGUGACCAUCUCACAGGACGCGGGCAGGUACCUCUGUGACUUCACAUACUACACCUCCCUGUACCAGAGCCACGGCCGAUCAGCCUUCGUGCACGUGCCCCCACUGGGCAAGCCCUACAACGCGGACCAGCUGGGCAGGGCGCUGCGGGCCAUCAUCGAGGAGAUGCUGGGCGUGCUGGAGCAGUCAGAGGGCCAAAUCAGCUGCUGCCACGAACACUGAGGCCGCGCGCUGGCGCGGAGCCCUCCAGCUAUGGACCCG